AUGAGGUUAGUUGAUCAAGCUUACCUGUUACUCAUCUUCCUUACACUCACAUCAACAUCAACAUUAGCUCAGACAUACGCUAAGUCUGGAUGCCAAUAUAUGUGCGGUGACGUGAGGAUUCCCUACCCUUUUGGAAUCGGAGCUAAUUGUUCUCUCAGUGAAUGGUACACUAUUGAUUGCACUUCCUCCACGCCAUAUCUAUCUGCUCUAAACAACCUGGAGGUAUUGGACAUAAACGUUUCAAACCAAACUGUAACUGUUAAUGUCUCAAUGAUCUCUGAUUGCCAGAAUCCAAUCCAUAACAGCACUCAAAUCUCAAACCUCGACCUUGGUAGGACUCCAUUUAUGUUUUCCAGAGUACAUAACAAAUUCGUUGCGGUGGGGUGUGGUAACGCUUUCAUCUUGGACGAUGGGAUUGCUGUCUCUCGUUGUUCGACCACUUGUGGGAAUUACACUGUUAGUGAAAGAGAAAAGUUCCUUGGCGUCGGUUGUUGCCAAACAGCCAUUCCUGAUUAUCUUAACUCCUAUAGGAUCGAUAUCACUGGUUUGGAAAGGCAGGGAGGAGAUGGAGGUUGUGGGUCUGCUUUCUUCGUAGAUGAGAAUUCAUACGCUAAAGGAAGGUUUACAGGGAACAACUCUUAUGUUUCGAUGUCACUACUGUGGACUUUAUCAGGACUAGACAUCGUACAAAAUUGUUGUUAUUAUGCUGAGAAAGUUACACUCAAAGUUGAUCUUGGUAAUGGUACUUCAUUCGAGUCGUGGAAAUGCAGAGUGGCUUGGCCAGUGGAAGGAAACCCUUAUUUAUCUUAUGGGUGUGUUGAUAUGUAUAGUUUUUGGUACAUUUAUUAG